GUCCAACCCAAUGCACGACUUCAAUGCGACGACAUCAGCUCCUUUGGCGAUGGAAGCUGACCUCGCAAGCAAGAUGAAGCGCGCUAAGCACAUCCUACGCGACGUCUUCGGUCAUUCGUCGUUCCGUCCGGGGCAAGAGCGUGUUGUCCAGGAGGCACUUUUGGGUAACGACGUGUUUGUGCUCAUGCCCACGGGUGGCGGCAAAAGUCUCUGCUACCAGCUCCCGGCGUGCGUCGAUCCCGGCGUUUCGAUCGUCAUCUCCCCGCUCGUGUCGCUCAUUCAAGACCAAGUGCAGCAGCUGCAAGCACUCGACAUUGACGUGGCGCUUCUCAACGGCGACCAAGACUACGACUCCGUGCAGAAGCCCAUCAUCUCGCAGCUCUUUUCCAACUCAAUCCAGAUCAAGAUGCUCUACGUGACACCGGAGAAAAUCGCGUCGAGCGGUCUCUUGGGCAAGCUCUUCGAAUCGCUCGCCUCUCGUGGCAUGCUUGCGCGCUUUGUCGUGGACGAGGCGCACUGCAUCAGCCAAUGGGGCCACGACUUUCGGAAGGACUACAUGAACCUGGGCAAUCUGCGUUCCAAGUACCCCAACGUGCCCAUCAUGGCGCUCACAGCAACGGCCAACGGACAGACGGAGGCAGAUAUCGUCAAGAACCUGCGUCUAGCCAAGCCUUUUGUGACACGAUCAAGUUUCAAUAGACCCAACUUGACGUACGAUGUGCGCCGCAAGACAUCCAAGUUCAUGGAAGAGAUGUGCAACUUUGUUCGCGACCGCAUUGACGAGUCGGGCAUUAUUUACUGCUUGUCAAAGAAGGACUGCGAGACGACAGCCAACAAGCUCAUCCAGACUCUCGGCUACGAGGGAACGUCUCGGGCCAAGAAAAUUUCGUUCUACCACGCUGGGCUGGAAUCGGAAGACCGUUCCAAGCGUCACCACGAGUGGAGCAAGGGUCGCAUCAAGUGUAUUGUGGCGACGGUUGCCUUUGGCAUGGGCAUCAACAAGCCCGAUGUGCGCUACGUGAUCCACCACACGAUCCCGCAAUCAGUGACGCAUUACUAUCAAGAGUCGGGCCGCGCGGGUCGUGACGGUGAGCAGUCGACGUGCUUGCUCUACUACUCUUUCAAAGACAUGUCGCGUCGGCGCCACUUGAUCUCCCAAGACCGCGAGAACCCCCAGCACCGUAAUGUGCACUUUCAGAACCUGCGGCGCAUGGUCGAGUUUUGCGAAAACCAAGUCGAGUGUCGGCGCACGAGUCUCCUCGAGUACUUUGGCGAGCAUUUCUCCAACGCCAACUGCCACGAGACGUGCGACAACUGCAAGGCGCGUGGCAAAGGCGUCGCGUUCGAGCAAAAGGACGUCUCGGCCGACUGUCGAUUGCUGCACAACAUUGUGCAACGGUCUGCGAGUGAAAACGAGUCGCUGACCGUCGUCCAAGCGUCGGCCGUAUUUAUGGGCUCCAUGGCAAAAGACAACCAGAAGCGACGCGCGUUCUACGAGAGCUUUGUCGAGUUUGGCGCCGGCAAGGGUCGGUACGACCGCAGUGAAGUCGAGCGCGUCAUCUACAACAUGAUUCUGCGCCAGUUCCUCGACGAAGUGGAAAAGAAGAACACAAUGGGCUUCUCCUCCAACGUGCUCGUUGUCGGGCAACAAGCACGUAAACUACUUCAGGGCGAGCGCGUCGAGCUUGUGUACAAGACGAAGCGAAAGCCGCUCGUGGUCUCGGAGCAAGUUCCUUUGGCCAAAAAGGACAAGCAAAAGAAGGCAUCCAAGGCCAAGGCAUCCAACAAAGCGUCGGGGGCGCUGCCGUCGGCCUCGCUCGACGAUGACGAUGGCGUCGAAGUCGUCGAGAUGUUCCCUGUCAUGCCCCGACACACCAAGCUCGCAGCACGGGUUCCGCUGCAUCAUGUCGAAGCGUUGCACCAGAUUUUGAUGGACUGGCGUGCGUCGGAGUGCGACAACUUUGACGUGAUGCCGUACCACAUUUUGCCCACUGCCGGCAUCGUCGCCAUCUCCGAAGCUGUGCCCGUCUCGAACGCUGAGCUCAUGGCCAUCGAGGGCGUCGGUCGAACGCGCGUCAAGAAGUAUGGCGCCGCCAUCAUCGAGCUCGUGCAGAGCUACUUGGCCAAGAACGGUCUUGUGCCCACACCGUUGCCCGAGGGGUACAUUACGGCCGAGAUGAUGCACGACGUGAAGGACACAAGCCCACCCAAAGCCUUGUCGGCGCCUGUUGCGAGACCAAAGGCCAAGUCGCCCUACUUCCAGAAACCCAGCGCGGCCUCUGUGUCGGAUGCGUACGAUGACAUGGAUUGGGCCAUGUUUGACGACACGGCCGACCUCGAAGGGACAUCCAACAAGCGUCCGAAUGAAACCAUCGACCUCAGCGGCGAGGCGUCCAAGAAGCGCAAGCUCCACCUCAUUGAUCCCUAUUAACACUACAUCAGGGAUUCCUCAUCGUUGUCUGCUCGCUGUGACAUUGGAUGCGCAUCUGCUGCAAGUCAACAAAG